GGAGGGAGGCCUGAUUCCCCUUUGUUCGGGUUCGCCAUUUUGCGAGGCAGCGGCUGUGGCGGCGGCAGCGGCGGCUGGAGCCUCUGAUUGGGUUUCGGGGUCCGGUACUGGAGCCAAUCAGCGCGGGCAGCGAACCGGGGGAGCGAGGCACGGAGUGCAUCUUGAAGUCUUCGAGGAUCUCCAGAGUGAAACUCCCUGUGGACAGGACUCUGACUUGAAGGGACCAUGGAACAAUACACAGCGAACAGCAAUAGUUCAACAGAGCAGAUUGUUGUGCAGGCUGGACAGAUUCAGCAGCAGCAGCAGGGUGGUGUCACUGCUGUCCAGUUGCAGACUGAGGCCCAGGUGGCAUCCGCCUCAGGCCAGCAAGUCCAGACCCUCCAGGUAGUCCAGGGGCAGCCAUUGAUGGUACAAGUCAGUGGAGGCCAAUUAAUCACAUCAACUGGCCAACCCAUCAUGGUCCAGGCUGUUCCCGGUGGACAAGGUCAAACCAUCAUGCAAGUACCUGUAUCUGGGACACAGGGUUUGCAGCAGAUACAGUUGGUCCCACCUGGACAGAUCCAGAUCCAGGGUGGGCAGGCUGUGCAGGUACAGGGCCAGCAGGGCCAGACCCAGCAGAUCAUCAUCCAGCAGCCCCAGACAGCUGUCACUGCUGGCCAGACUCAGACGCAGCAGCAGAUUGCUGUCCAGGGCCAGCAAGUGGCCCAGACUGCUGAAGGGCAGACCAUCGUCUAUCAGCCAGUUAAUGCAGAUGGCACCAUUCUCCAGCAAGUUACAGUCCCUGUUUCAGGCAUGAUCACCAUCCCCGCAGCAAGUUUGGCAGGAGCACAGAUUGUUCAGACAGGAGCCAACACCAACACAACCAGCAGUGGGCAAGGGACUGUCACUGUGACACUACCAGUGGCAGGCAAUGUGGUCAAUUCAGGAGGGAUGGUCAUGAUGGUACCUGGUGCUGGCUCUGUGCCUGCUAUCCAAAGAAUCCCUCUCCCUGGAGCAGAGAUGCUCGAAGAAGAGCCUCUCUAUGUGAAUGCCAAACAGUACCACCGUAUACUUAAGAGGAGGCAAGCCCGGGCUAAAUUAGAGGCAGAAGGGAAAAUUCCAAAGGAAAGAAGGAAAUACCUACAUGAGUCUCGGCACCGUCAUGCCAUGGCACGGAAGCGUGGUGAAGGUGGACGAUUUUUCUCUCCAAAGGAAAAAGAUAGUCCCCAUAUGCAGGAUCCAAACCAAGCAGAUGAAGAGGCAAUGACACAGAUCAUCCGAGUGUCCUAACCCCAGGCCAUGUGAUGGAGCUUAUCAAGGUCACGUUCCUCACACUGCUUCCCACUGUUCCAAGGAAAUGGAUCAGCUCUUCCGAUGGGACACUGAUGAUCACAUUCUGCCCUUUUCUACAGGACAGAAACCACUUAGUUUUUAAUAAGUGGCUCAGUAUUAUAAUUGCAGCGAUGUCUGGCAAAUUGAAGUUGCAAGCCUUUGUCUCACCCUUUUCAGUCAGGACCUAUUUCAGACUGUUGAUGAUAUUGACAUUUCAUGAGUUGGGAUGACGCAAGGGACCCAUGCCAGCCCAGCAGUAUCACACAAAGCACUUAGUUGACUGGUGAUGACAGCCAGCCAUCUCAGCAGAGAACAACCUUCUCGACCUAAACUGCAAUCAGGGAAGCCACAGCCAACUCCUUCCCAUGGAUUCUAAACAGCACCCAUCCCUCUGACGGGGAUCUCAGGCUGACUAAUGGACACUUAGUAUUCAGAGAUGGCUUCCAGGAAGGGAAGCUCCAUCUCAUGAUAUGGAAACAAUAAAUUCUCUGAGUUACAUGCAUCUAAUCUGUGGUAAUAAUAAGAAUCUCUUUCUACCCAGAUGAUAGGUUGGUAGUUUUGGACUCCAGCCAAGAAAAAGCUAACUGGGGGAAUGAUGAAAGUGCACUAAAGCACUAAAAAUACAAAUUGCUGGAUCUCUUAGCUUUGACAAGUUGUGGUCUGCUUGUCUGUGUUGACACGUCACCUGGAACAUAGUUCUUGCUGUGGCUACUUUGAAGACAAUUCAGAGGGUACUGGACCUUGAAACUGCCUUUCCUACGUAGAGAACAAAAUUAUACAACAACUUCUUUGCUGAAGUGCUGAGGACAUUUGUAGUAACUCCUAAACAGAGCCAAACCAGAGCUUUUCAGUCAUAGGCUUUGUGACAGCAUGUGAGGAAUGGAAGGGUUGGUAUGUGUUUCAGUCUAGAGGAACAAAGAGAGUAGUAUAUACACCCACGUGUUGUCAUAUAACAUGAUUCGCCAGUGGAUGGAUGCCUGGAUGGAUCAUUAAGAUGAAGAGAAUAAUGUACAUUACAUUCAUACUGUAACUUUUUAACAAGCAUGGAAAGGGAGAAGUCUGAGGUUUGGUCCUUGACAAUUUAUGGAAAGCACUGUUCAGUCAAGCUGUCCUGGAGAUAUUCUGGGUCAUCUACUAGAGCUUGAUGUUGGCUUCACUCCUGCUGUGCUUUGUGCUGGCCCCAGAGAGUGAACAUUCUCAUUCUUCCCAUGGCAGCUGAUUCUUUGGUGCCAGUUUCCGUUUGUGUGCCCUUUUCUCUGUAGGCCUUGUGCAGAAAGGUUUUCACAUGCUGGGGAUAAACUGCAGACUGGAAAGAGAUUCCUGCAGGGUCAGGAACUGGGCCACAGCUUCCAGAAUGGGUUGUGCCUCAGAAAUCUAUUUCUGUUCUAGAUGUGGUACCCUGGGAGAACUAAGAUAAUUCAGAAGAGUUGCUGCCUUCCCUGGAAACAAACAAGGAAAACCUAAUUCUUUUGAAGAACAUGUGGGUUUGAUUUAAAUACCAAGAGAAGAGAUUGGUUCUUUCUUUGAUUUCACUCUAGCUGUAUUAAGAGGGAAAAGAAAUUAAACCCUGUAAAGAAGACAUCACAAAGGGAAAUCAUUGUAAUGGUAGAAAUAGAGGUACAGAGCUAUGCAAAGAAAGCAGGAAGUGAAGUGUCUUCCUAGUCCCUUGACUCUAGUCAUCUGUCCUGACUUCUAGAUGUCAGGAGGGGCUGACCCUUUGGUAGGCUCACUAGAAACUCCUGGCCGGUUAUGUGAGUUUCGGGUGUUAACCUUAUUUGGUUUUUCAGAGGAUAGAUUACUAAAAACAAUGAGUUUACAUCCCUUGGUUUGUUUAGGAAUCUUUAAGAUGCUGAGUUCAGAAAGAAAUUCCUCAGACCUAAUUUCUAGUACUUAAGCUAACAACAGUUCUAAAAUAUUUAUUUGUCUGUAUGUUUGUACAUAGUACCAACCUCAUAUUGUUGCAGAUUUCUUUUUUCCAUGAGUUUGAGUUUGGUUUUAUUUGAAACGAAGUUUUCAGUUGUCAUUUUGUCAUUGCAUUUCAGGUAGCUCAUGGCCCUUUUAUUGUGGUCAUUUUAGCACAUAAUAACCCACAAAGGGGUUGAGGUUUGGAUUUUUUUGUUACCAGUUCUUUUAUUCAUUUGUCCUUGUGACUAGUGACGACUUCAUAUAUGCAAAAAGAGUGUAUGGGUGUGUGAAUAAUUGGUUUAAUACAUAGUUAUUUCACUUCUUGAGUGGUUUUUUGUUUUUGUUCUUGGGUUUUUUUUGCAGGAUAAUUGUAUAUAUUUUAAUUGCACUGAUACAUUGAACAUGUCAGUGUCUAUACCACUGGACCAACAGCAUUUUCUGGCUAAUAGGUGCCUGAUAAUAAUGUCUUGAUUUUCCUUUGGGACUCAACUCUGUAGAAGGUUCUUUUCCCCCCAGCAGUAGUGGGGAGCACAGGCGAUUGAUCAUUGAUGUCAUUUCAAUUGUUAUUUUUUUAAAUAAAUAAAUUUAUAAAAAUGCUAAAAA